GUGUAUGUAACCAUGCCUUCCACUUCCACUGCAUCAGUCGCUGGCUCAAAACCCGUCAAGUGUGUCCAUUAGAUAAUAGUGAGUGGGAAUUUCAGAAGUAUGGUCACUAGAGGGAUUCAACAAGUGGCACGAGAGGCGAUUAUGCUGCUUCAUCAUAAUGUCGUUAAAUGUAGUUUGUUCUAGUAAUACUUGUUCCAAUGCCUUUUGUUCUGUGUUGCUUUACGUAUCUGAGUCUGCUUUGGCCAUCUGAUAGGCUUUACUAGAGAGCUCGUACUGAAUCUCAUGUGCUGUGCGAUUCUGCUUACUGAAGUCAAACUUGUCCUUGUUGAUUAUGUUUGGGAAAACCUUCAACUAGAGCCACUAGCAAAAUCUGGCGCCAAUGUUAUUUUACCUUCAAUUACUCUAAUAUUGUGCUUUCUUUUUCUUGAUCCUCUAAA